AUGACGGAUGGAUGGACAAAAAGCAGUCUGAAGCGAAACGAACAACAGGGCGAGGCAGUUGAGAAGGCACGUUGCGACCUCAUCGAUUUCUUCGAUGGUUUCACUUCGAUCGCCUCCUGCCACCGUCUGCGAUCAGUGAACGACCGAGCAAACAAUCUCUCUCAAAUGAGCUGCCGGGAACCUCGCGGAGCUGUGGCGCUGAUGGCGACUCUGUUCGUCCUGGCCGAAGCCGUCAACAUUCCGGAUUGUUCUGCACCCAGAGAUCUAGGCGACUCUUGCGACACACAUGCGUCGACUAGCUUUUAUUUCGACGCCAGAACGAGUUGGUUUACCUUCAUGGUCACAUUAACACAAUUAUCAGAGGAUUCUCUGCUGAAUCAUGAAUUAAUUGAGAUACUGUUUGAGAGUUAGCGAAAUUGUCGUUGAUCAAGAGAGCUCAUCUUGCCCUUUUUAGUAAUAGUAGUCGAGUUUUAGCGUCCCGACGAUCACUGCUUUAUUUCUUGGUAAAAAUUCCAAUAAAAGUUGAACUUGAGUAGUUUCGUUCCAGUGUUUCCCAGUUGAAAAAUUAAGUUGUUAAAACAAUAUCUGUUAAUAGAAGUUUGCCAACCUUUCGCCUACCGCGGCUGCGGAGGAAACGCCAACCGAUUCUCGACGGCGCAAGAAUGCCGCGCAGCAUGCGUCAAUCGGGCCAAAACAGUGACGUCAUCGGCCAUUUCUGCCAAUGCCAAUGUUCCUGCGUUCGUUCCGGUCGGGAAAAGCCACGACCAAUGGCGCAAAGGUGCUCCGUCGUUAGAACCCUCCUCUGGAAGACAGAUUUGCAGCGGACUUGUGUGGUGGGAACUACUUGGUUCCCAAUGGAAAGUACAUCCUUUGCUCGGACGGUUGCCCGAAGAACCAUAACUGCGUGAGCGACGUCUGUUGUCCGACCAAAGGUUCAUUCUUUUUCAAGUGAAAAAACGCCCACUCGCAACCGAAAAGAAGAGAAAAAGAACACUAACUGGAAAGGGAGAGGCGUUUCUUUGGGUUUGUUUUUGGGCUGAGCACGUCACUAGACAAAGUAAAUUGCAAAUUUUCUGAGGAAUUUUGAGCUAAGAUAAGCUUUUGAAAUAAGGAAACAGAAUUUUUGGUUGGUCUUGGUCUACGGGUGGUUUAUUUUCGAUUUUCUCAACAAAACUCAUGAAAAACGGAAUUUUUUCACGAGGAAGUGUAUGAACAUCACCAAGAUAAAAAAAAUCCACAAGAUUGAUUGAGAAAAGGUAUUUGAAAUGAAUCUUUUGAACUUCACCACUUUCGAAUUUAGCCGCAAAAGAUCAGAACCUUCAGACUACGUUUGUUCUCUGCGCGACGACAACGGCACCUUCGAAGACGGAAUAGAAGACCGGCCACGGUGAGAUUCCCCUUUUCCAGCUGCAAACCUUCAGAAUCCAGAUUCGCAUGGAACCACGACGUCAAGAGCUGCGUCCGCUACAGUUACUACGGCGCCAAUGGCAAUUAUAACAAUUUCCCCAACUUUCAGUCGUGCAUCAAGUUCUGCUCAAGCGCCCAGAAACUUGUCUCCUGA